UGAUGAAGUUCGGUUGCGCGCCGCUGUUCCGUACGCGCGUCACCAGCGCGCAGAGGAGCUUCCCCGACGCGAGCGAGCGGAUGAUGGAGAGAUGUGUGGAUCACGAUCACGGGAGUCUCUGAAUCUGGACAUCUGAAUAUGACACGACACUCCGCUUGUUUACGCUCCUCUAUGUGGCAGGAGAGCUAACCAGCUGCUCUGGAUCCACAGAUCCACCACCGUCUUUCGCGCCCCCAUCUUCCUCGCUGGAUAAGCUUCCCUGGGCUUCGUGGACCGUAAAACCUCGCCUCGGUCCCUUGCGACUAUGUUGUAGUUUCACUCGGGAAAAGGGUUUGUGCGUUUUGUGCUUUGUAUUGAUCCAGGAAAUGUUGGCAUGGCCGCCUCGGGAGCACAGAAGUGUCCGAAGAGUGAGAAGUUGGACGAGGCGCAGGCUUUGGCAAAGAGCUGCGCAGGGAGACCAGACUUCCUGCCUUGUGAUGGACUCUCCAUCUGCGCUACGCACAGCCAUGGGAAGUGCUUCAAGCUGCACUGGUGCUGCCACUUGGGCUGGUGUCACUGUAAAUACGUGUACCAGCCCAUGACUAACGUGUGCCAGCUCCCCAGCACCACUGUGCCACCUGCUGGCUCAGAGUACAAUAACACCAUUGACCUGUCCAUCUCUCUGGCUGAGCGCUUCCUGAAGCUUGCCCCCUGCUUCCAGUCCCCACCCCACUUGGAAUCGCCUAAAUACUGUGUCAUCGCUGACCUGUUUGUGGACGACUACAUUGUCAAACGCAUCAGCGGCAAGAUGUGCUACGUGCAGCGCCCCCCGCCUCCCUUACCAGAACCGCCUCGUCCUGCCACCCCUACCCCACCUACUCCGGCCACGUCUCAGAAUCCCCAUAAUCCCCCUCAAUCUUGGCAACCGGUCAAACCAACGCUGCCAACCCAACAUACAACUGCCCCUGCUCCUGUGCAGCCUGUCAAGCAAGUGCACAGUGAACACAAACACCCUUCCCCUGUGGAUAAAAUCAAAGGCCCCAAAAUGGACCCCUGCUUCUCUCCAUCCAGCUCAGAAGACUCUGGCAUCAAUGCGCUUGGUCUGCACUACUUGGAGUCCUGUGAGGAGGAGAGUGAGGAAGAGGAUGACGAUGAGUUGAGCUCAGAUGGAAACUCCAGCCCCAGCAGCCUCUGGGAUCAAGACGAGUGUUCCGUGCUGUCUCCCUCCAAGUCCAUGAUAGAGAUCAUUGAAAAGAUCGAAACAACUGUGUAACUGUCAUAAUAUCAACAUGGUCACUUACUGUCCAGAGAUUUCAUUUACACGGACCAGCCUCUAAUGUUUUUGGAUUUGAAUUCUGUUUUCCCGCAGGUGGUCGAGGACUGUACGUCACACAGCCUCUGCUCUGUCCACAUAUCCUGCAUGGAGUGAAUAUUUACAACUUAUUACAGAGAAGCAGAGCACAUAGAGAGCACAAGCAUAUGACGCACACACACGCACACACACACACACACACACAGUGGCCCAAAUCGACCACAUCCGCAUGGUUGUUACACAGUGAAAAAUACGAAAAUGCAAAAGAAUCUAUAAGUAGUAUGAGUAUGAGCUACUAUUAGCUAAAUUAUGGGCAAACAGAGAAAUUAGGAGGAGGUUUCAUGAUGAAAAUCAGCAGUUAUGUCAUUUUUAGGGCUCUGGCAAUCAGACUUUACUCUGAAUCAACAUUCAUGUGGCAGAGAAGCGCACCAUUUCUUGUUCUCCGGUCACCGGCUCCACCCACACAUUAGUAACUCAGACAGUUCAGCAUAAUCACUGCAAGGACAGCUACCUCUCAUCGGCCCAAAGCACAUCAACCUUUUAACCUGUUAAUUACUGAACUCCGAGCUGCUGUGAAGAGUCUGCAUUUAUCACGUUAAUAAAGAAAAAAAAAGUGUGUGUGCACUUUAGUGACACCAACACGAGGAGUAGUUAGUUAGGACAGUGUUUGACAAUCAAGGAUUACACAGAAGCACAUUCCUAUAAUGUACCUGCCACUGAGGACCAGAGGACCAGAUCAACCAUGUUGAUCUGACCUUUUUUUUGUUGCCCCGGGUCGAGUUGAACUGGACUCGAGUGCCGUUUAAUGUUAAAUGGAGCGCAAGGCAAAACAUGACUUUUAUUGACCUCUAUUAGCAGCCAAGAAACUAAUUAACAUGGACGUGUCUCUGGCACAGCUACAGUAACAACAUAAAGAGACGAGUAAAACACCCAGAAAAGAGGGACUAUAUUGAAUAUUUACAUAUAAACUUUUUAAAUCAUAUAACUGAAUUGUUAUUUGCUUUUGGGGUUUGAGUGGUAAACAAUGGCGGCUUAAAGGGGAUUCUGGGAGAAGUGUUUCGGCUAGGUUAGACUAGGCUAGGUAGUGGAAACACGGCUAGGCCGUGUUUCCACUACAUGGUCCGAGCUCGCCUCGCCUCGCCACGGUUUGGUUGUGUUUCCAUUACAAUAUAGUACCUCCUCAACGUGGGGGGAAUCAUCGCAGUGCGGCUGCAUGAAACUGCCGUUCGUUUUACUCGUGACACACACAAACAAUAACUACUGAAUCAUUAGGAUCAGUUAAUUAAAAAGAUUAGUUCAGUACUUCUGACACAGUCACUGAAUACAGGGACAGGGUUUGUGAUGUGGCUCGCCGGUCAGGAUCUCCUGCUUUCAGCAGUGCUGUCGGUAAAUACACCAGACUCCUCCGUUAAAUGAUGAGAUUUUAGACAUUUCCUUGGUAAUUGUUGGAGAUUAACCCAUGUUUUCAUGAUGGUUAAGUCUUUUUAACUGAUCAACACUCUGACCCAUCAGUGGCCAGCAGUCUGACGACGGCAUGCAUAGUGUCAGCUUAGCUCGGUUGGAAUCUCACCAGAGCAGGUACUAAAAAAAGUACCAGGUACUAUUGCUAAUGGAAAUGCAAAAUAGCCGUGCCGUGCCGGCUAUUUUGGCGAGGCGAGGUGAGGCGUGCCAUGCUAUUGGAAAAGGGGCUUUAAUGUCACAGUUAUUAUGUACUAUGGGCUGGGAAAUUCACAUAAUACACCUUUACAAGAAGAUAACAGUAGGUAUGGAAUAGGAUGUUAUAGGUGUUUUGAUGUUGUGAUGGACAUAAUGUUAUACGCUCAAAUAUCCAAUUAGUGAACCAGCCCAUGAUUAGUGAGGUAGUCAAAUGAAGCUGGGCUGGCUCUUCUUUGUUUUAUUUUUUACUCUGUGUUUAAAGACUUAUUUCCUGCAGAGAUAACAUCAAAGUUCACAGAUAUGUAUUGCUACAAUGCUAUAAGCACUAGAUGUAAUGAGAAAAUGAUUUUUGCAUGACUGCGUUCAGUCCCUCAUUUAUAUAUAUACAUUUAUAUAUAUAUAUAUAAAAAUCUGUUUUAACAAGUCUGUGUUCAAAGAGCACAAAUCCUGUAUCUGCUAAAAUCCACUCAAAAUGUUUGAUAUUCAGGGACGGCACAUGGCAUUACAAUGAAAUCAGUCUCUCCUAAUGCAGUUAAAUAUGGCUUACGUUCCUAUUAUUGUUAUAUUAUUUUCAUAUGAAUAAAUCCUAAUGAAACUCCUUUCCCCUCCCUUGGUUUGAAAUGUGUGGACGUUUUCUACAAAGAGAAAGUUUAACCCGUCUUCCCCCUGCUGACUCAGAGAUGACUAAUAGUCCACAGAGAUUUGGUGAAGCAAAGUGAAAUGAGACAUACACUCAAACUGAAUCACUCCAGUCGCUGUUGUUGCUUGUCUCCUCGGAAAUGUCCUAAAGAAUGUCCUUUAUUUCUAUUUGUUUGUGUCGGCAACAGCUGUGUCCCGAGGUGUUAUGUUUUUGGGUCGUCCGUUCAUCCCAGAACAUGAUACCUCAGGAAUUUUUUAGCCUCUUGAAUAUUAAAGCAAUUUUUCAGUCAACAAACUUCAUGUUAUAUGAGUCUGGAAAAAGAAAAUAGACUGAGAACUGUCAGCAGUGACUCUGAACUGUGGGUUGCUUUAUUUUUGUCACCUCCUUUGUAACCUUAGCGCAGAAUAAUCAGUUUUUAACAGAAAAGUUGCACAAAAAAAAACAAGACAGGAAAGGUGUUAAGAUGACCUGUACCAUUAUUGAUUAUUGCAUACACACCUAAAGAAACAAAUAAUAAAUAAAGCAUUGGUUGCAGUCACA